AUGGCUUCGGAGCUAUCAACUCAUCUUGAGUUAGGCAGCUCCCUAACAGUACCAAAUGUCCAGGAGCUUGCUUCAGCCAUUUCUACCAGUGAGAUCCCAGAGAGAUACUUCAGGCCGGAAGCCGAAGCCAGAGUGGUGGAUUCCAUUGAUGACGAUGAGCUUCCGGUUAUCGAUCUAAUGAAGCUUGUCGAUCCGGAGCUCUUCGACAAGGAGGAGCUCUCCAGGCUGGGACUGGCAUGUAGAGAGUGGGGCUUCUUUCAGCUAAUAAACCAUGGAGUUACACAAGAAAUGAUAGAGAAAACAAAGACUGAUAUCAUGGGAUUCUUCAAGCUUCCACUCAAAGAAAAAGAGGCAUUUAAACAGUUACCUGGACAAAUAGAAGGUUAUGGUCAAAUGUUUGUGCAUUCAGAGGAACAAAAAUUAGAUUGGGCAGACAUGCUAACACUAGUCACCAAGCCUCAUAAAGAUAUGAGAUUUUGGCCUAUCAAUCCAUCAUCUUUCAGGGACACAAUCGACAAAUAUACUGUGAAGAUUGAAAAUGUUGUUGAUUGUCUAUAUGCAUUGAUGGCUAAGGAUUUGGGGAUUGAUCCCAAAGUCAUGCUUAAGAAUCUUAGCAAGCAGAUGCAAUCAAUAAGAAUAAAUUACUAUCCACCGUGUAAGGAGGCUAAUAAGGUGUUGGGUCUCUCCCCACAUAGUGAUGGUAUUGCAUUAACAGUGCUCUUGCAAGCAAAUGAUGUCAAUGGCUUACAGAUAAAGAAAAAUAACAAAUGGUUACUUGUAAAAUCAAAACCGGGAGCUUUCAUUGUCAACAUUGGUGAUAUGCUUGAGAUAAUGACUAAUGGAAAGUAUAAAAGUGUGGAGCAUAGAGCUAUUAUAAAUAUGGAGGAGGCCCGACUUUCAAUAGCCACAUUUCAUUUACCAAACACAGAUGUUAUACUUCGUCCUUUUCCUGAGCUCAUUAGUGGUGAUGGAGAGUUGUAUAAGACCAUAAGCGUCAAAGAGUAUACCAAAGAGUACUUCUCAGAAAAACUAAAUGGGAAGAGCGCCUUAGAGAGCAUGAAGCUAAAGAAAUAAAGGAGGAUAAAUGCCUAACAAUAAUUUGGGAUAAAAAUAUUUUAUAAAUAUAUUAUUAUUAGAUAUACUGUCUCAUGUGAGUACCAUGGUAACUCAUACCCUAAAUAAAUUUAAAAAUGGAUGAGUUCAUAUUUAUUUUAGAUCAUACUACGUAAUGUUCCAAAAUGUCUUCUUUAUGUAAAAGGA